CCGCCCUCCCACUCCGCUUCCGCGCCUGCGCUCCUAGGCGCCCGGGAGGCCGGCGGUCUCCCGUGAAAAGCGAAGAUGGCGCUGGACGGGCCGGAGCAGAUGGAGCUGGAAGAGGGGAAGGCGGGCAGCGGACUGCGCCAGUAUUACCUGUCCAAGAUCGAAGAGCUGCAGCUGAUUGUGAAUGAUAAGAGCCAAAACCUCCGCCGGCUUCAGGCACAAAGGAAUGAGCUGAAUGCCAAAGUUCGCCUGUUGCGGGAGGAGCUGCAGCUGCUGCAGGAGCAGGGCUCCUACGUGGGGGAGGUGGUCCGGGCCAUGGAUAAGAAGAAGGUGUUGGUCAAGGUACAUCCCGAGGGCAAGUUUGUUGUGGACGUGGACAAGAAUAUUGACAUCAACGAUGUGACACCCAACUGCCGGGUGGCCCUAAGGAAUGACAGCUACACACUGCACAAGAUCCUGCCCAACAAGGUGGACCCCCUAGUGUCACUGAUGAUGGUGGAGAAAGUGCCAGACUCCACAUAUGAGAUGAUCGGUGGACUGGACAAGCAGAUCAAGGAGAUCAAGGAAGUGAUUGAGCUGCCAGUCAAGCACCCUGAGCUCUUUGAAGCCCUGGGCAUUGCCCAGCCCAAGGGAGUGCUGCUCUAUGGGCCCCCGGGCACCGGGAAGACCUUGCUGGCUCGGGCUGUGGCUCACCAUACCGACUGUACCUUCAUCCGUGUCUCUGGGUCUGAACUGGUACAGAAAUUCAUCGGGGAAGGGGCGAGAAUGGUGAGGGAGCUGUUCGUCAUGGCGCGGGAACACGCUCCCUCCAUCAUCUUCAUGGAUGAGAUUGACUCCAUCGGUUCCUCGCGCCUCGAGGGUGGCUCUGGGGGGGACAGUGAAGUGCAGCGCACCAUGCUGGAGCUGCUCAACCAGCUGGAUGGCUUCGAGGCCACUAAGAACAUCAAGGUCAUCAUGGCCACUAACCGGAUUGACAUCUUAGAUUCUGCACUGCUUCGCCCAGGGCGCAUUGACAGGAAAAUCGAAUUCCCGCCCCCCAAUGAAGAGGCUCGACUGGACAUUCUGAAGAUCCAUUCUCGGAAAAUGAACCUGACCCGAGGGAUCAACCUGAGGAAGAUUGCUGAGCUGAUGCCAGGAGCAUCAGGGGCUGAAGUGAAGGGUGUGUGCACGGAGGCUGGCAUGUAUGCCCUGCGGGAACGGCGAGUCCAUGUCACCCAGGAGGACUUUGAGAUGGCAGUUGCAAAGGUCAUGCAGAAGGAUAGUGAGAAAAACAUGUCCAUUAAGAAACUGUGGAAGUGAGUUCUCAUGCUUGGCAUGGACCCCUCAAAUAAAGCUCUGUGGUGUAA